ACGAAGCGGUUUCGUGAUGCGAUAAGUCACUUGUAUGGUAUUGCCCUUACAAGUAUUAUACUGUGGUUUUAUGUGCUUGGUGUUGUGGUUUCAAUAGUUCCGUUUUCUGUGCUGUUUGAAGAGGGCGCGCUCUGUCGUUCCGAGCCUCGUAACAGGGCGAGAAUUGUUUACUUUGCCCUUCCAAUCCGGACCUGACUCAGGAUUUCUAGAAGUGUCUUAGGGGUUGGUGCCGUUGGGUGGGGUGGUGUGUGAAAGUUUUGCGGUUGUUGAGCAGGACAGGGUGUUGCUGGCAAAUAUCUGGUGCAGUAAAUGUUGUUAGCUGUUGUUAUAAUAAUCUGGUGAAGGGCUCUGCUGAAUUUCACGGAUGGCGUCCGGUGAAGCAGUCUGCGUGAAAGCAAAAAACGUGAAUUAUACAGAAGAGUAUAUAGAAGCAGAUUAUGAAUAUCAGACAACAAAAGUUAAGAUGGAGCGUGGCGUGCAUGUGGCAACACCGGUUUCAAAAACUCUUCACAUUCGCACAAAGCGUAAGGUUCCAAAAUUAGGUAUGAUGCUGGUCGGCUGGGGAGGGAAUAAUGGUUCAACAAUAACAGCUGCUCUUCUUGCCAACAAACUACAUUUGGCAUGGGAAACUAAGGAUGGAAAACAAACUGCAAACUGGUAUGGUUCAAUAACACAGGCCUCUACAGUCCGUUUAGGAGUUGGUGAUGGUGGUGAAGAUGUUUAUGUUCCCAUGAGUGACAUGCUGCCAAUGGUGAAUCCCAAUGAUGUGAUAGUUGAUGGCUGGGAUAUAUCUUCACUAAAUUUGGCUGAUGCAAUGGCAAGGGCCUGUGUUCUGAAUUGGAACUUACAGCAGCAACUCUAUCCACAUAUGAAAAACAUGAAGCCACGACCUGGUAUUUUCUUUGGUGAUUUUGUUGCAGAUAAUCAGGCUGGACGUGCAGAUAACGUACUUACUGGGACUAAAUGGGAGCAGGUUGAACAGAUACGAAAAGAUAUUCGUGAAUUUAAGGAGAUGAAGAAACUGGAUAAAGUUAUAGUUCUGUGGACAGCAAACACUGAAAGAUUCUGUGACGUUCUGCCGGGCAUUAAUGACACAAGUGAAAAUUUGAUUUCAGCCAUACAAAGUAAUGCCAGUGAAAUAUCUCCAUCAACACUGUACGCUGUUGCUUCUAUAUUAGAGGGUAGUCCAUACUUAAAUGGAUCUCCACAAAACACAUUUGUUCCUGGCUGCAUUCAGCUAGCUGAGCAACACAAUGUGUUGAUUGGUGGAGAUGACUUCAAAUCUGGCCAGACAAAACUGAAAUCAGUGUUAGUGGAUUUUUUGGUGACUGCUGGGAUUAAGCCUGUUUCUAUAGUGAGUUACAAUCAUCUCGGAAAUAAUGAUGGUUGUAAUCUGUCGGCGCCCCAACAGUUUCGGUCCAAGGAGAUUUCUAAAAGCAGUGUCGUAGAUGACAUGGUGGAGUCAAACAGAAUAUUAUACAAACCAGAAGAAAAACCGGAUCACUGUGUUGUAAUAAAAUAUGUGCCAUAUGUAGGUGACAGUAAAAGAGCGAUGGAUGAAUAUAUCUCAGAAAUAAUGAUGGGAGGACAUAAUACUAUAGUAAUUCACAAUACAUGUGAGGAUUCUUUACUUGCAAGUCCGAUCAUACUGGAUCUAGUACUUCUCACUGAAUUGUGCAGCCGAAUCGAAUUCAGAUCUCCUGAUGAGCUUCACUCUGAAUACUCAAAUUUCCACCCUGUCCUCUCAGUACUGAGUUACUUAUGCAAGGCUCCCUUAGUUCCACCAGGGACACCAGUUGUGAAUGCCUUAGCAAAGCAGCGUGCUUGUAUUGAAAACAUAAUGCGUGCCUGUAUUGGGCUUCCUCCAGAAAAUAAUAUGCUUUUGGAGCACAAACUUCAGUUUCCUUUAUUGGAGAGUACAUCAUGACAUAUGGGUGGAGCUCCUGGGUGUGUGUACUGAAAAUCACUACAGAUCAAUAACUCUUUGUCAGUAAGCACAUAUUUCAUUAUUAAACAGCCAAACAUGAUGUUAUGCAUUUAAAAAUUAUGUACUUAACCAUAUAAUUCCUAACAACCGAAAACUCUUUGUGCCAUUUCAUUUAAGCCACAAACAUUUGUAGAUAAAGAAAUCCACUGUCAUAUCAUGAGAUGCAUUUAUUUUUGUUUGUGACCAGUGUAGAUGAAAAUAUGUAAUUGCUAUAUGUUGUAGAAUAAUACAUGCAUUUGAUGUUUCUCCAUUUGUGUAUUAUGAAAAAGGAUCUCAUAGUUACGUAAACUUUAUGUGCAAAUAGGCUUGUGAAAUUGUGUGAUGCGCUGUAUGUAUGUUAUCAGAAUUAUUGUAGUGAAUCUGAAUGCAGUAUUACAGUUAGUCAUUUAAUAUAAUAUAGGAAUGUCAAUUAUUUUAAGUUUUGAGUUCCUCUUGUGGCACUUAGCUGGUAAUAUAUAUGGUGUCCCUCCUAGGAUACCUGAGGCCCAAUUUCUUCAGUGUUUAGGCAGAUGUUUGCAAUUUUGAUUUUGUGAUGUGUAGUCAGUCAUCCCUCAACAAAUACUGCUCAUCGCAUCUUUAAUGCAACACUUAGUGUUGUAAUCCAGCAUCAGCAGUGCCGUCGUGUCCCAUGCUGACUGGCAGUCCAGCUAAAGAAAUGGUUAUUCUUCAUGUUUUACUGUCCCUGUUAAUACAAAUCAAUUAAAAAACAUUGCACUCCACUAGUUUGGAACCUCCCUAUUGAAUGGGCAUGUAAAUUUCCUCGUUAAAAAUCAUGUUGAUUGUAACUUGACAAACUGAUGCAUUCCACUGACAUUGGACGUUGCAUGAAAGAUAUCAUGGGCAGUGUUUGCUUAGACAGACUACAGCUAUACAGUGCAUAAACAGACAGCAAAUUUUUGCCAAAACAGUGGAGAAAAUGUACCUGAUGGUGAUUAGGAGAGAAACCUAUUAUAUUUCAUGUUGAAUGACUUAAUUUCUUAAAAGGGCACAAGAAAAAUGGUAAAAUCUUAAAGAAUACAAAUGUGUUAUGGUGCUAUACAUUGCAUUCCUCCUGCUCUGUGCUGCUUAUUGGUAAAGUAUGGAUCAUUUUAUGAUGACUACUGCAGGUCUCAUAAGGUGAAACUGGACAGGUGACACAUUGGACCACUAACAGAAGUCUGAAAAUGGCCAAAGACAUACAGAUUAUGAAUAAAUACACAACUGUUCAUGUAAUCUGUGGAAUAGAAUUAAUAGUUUGUUAUAAAUGUUUGUAAAGUAGUUGUUACUAUUUUUGUGUUGAUUUUAAUUUUGAAUAAAUAUUUGAAAAUUAAUGUCCAA